AUGAAAGGAGUCCAAAUCAAGUUGUACCAUAGUGUACUGCAUAUAAUUAUUGGAUACACUGGACUACACCAUCCAAUAGAACACACUUUAACGCGCAAUAAUACCUCAAACUCAGCCAAAUCAGGUAGAUCGGUGAGACUGAGAUUGUCUGUUGGAAGUACAAACAGUGCCAGCAAUAACGGUAACAGCAACAGCAACAGCAACAGCAACAGCAACAAUCGUGGAAGUGAAUCUAUGGGCAACCAUACGAGCGGUAAUCAGGGCACUACCAGUGGUCCCGAUAUUGCCGUCACUUCGCCUACAAAAAAUCGGUUUGAUGAAAAUAUAACGAGUGGAGCUAGCGCCAGCGAGCAACAAAGUGGCUUAAAGUCGCCUUUGAAGCCAAUGUCACGAAAAAACUCAUCAUCAGAAGUAAACUCAGAAGUGCCUUCGUUUUCAAGAAACAACAGUUCUUCCAACUUGUAUUCCACUUCGUUUACUGACAAUUCCAACUUGCCCCCAUCGAUGAUGCAAGUUCAACCGAAAGAACCAAUUUUAAUUCGAAGAAAUACCAAUGACACCUUAAACACUUCCAUGAGCGUGUCAGGGCUCGAUUCGCCGUCACAAUCAAACUUUGGCAUUAGCAACAAUGGGGCAAGCAUAUCACGUACGUCAACAAACCAUUCUUUACCGUCAUCUUUGAACAAUGUAUCAACAUCUCCCCAAGAUACACACUUGCCCAUUCCUAAUCUGCAAUCUGGUGACUCCCCACAACUGGAUGGGCAACAAGAAGACGGUCUCCACCCACCCAAGUCUCCCUCACUCUCUGCAAACAACGAUGACACCAGAAGUAUACAGAGUAGCAGGCAGUCACUGGCCACGGAUUUAACGGACCUUGCAAAAACGCAAUCUUCUAUUAACAAUCACCUACACAAGCAAUCGACAACUUCUUCCUCAAUAGGUGGUGGGAGCAACACAAUAGAAAUUGAAGACUUGAUACAGCGGCUUUUGGAUGCCGGGUAUAGUGGGAAAAGAACAAAGAAUGUUUGCUUAAAAAACACCGAGAUUCAAUUGAUCUGUGCUACAGCAAGAGAAAUUUUCUUGUCGCAACCAUCACUACUUGAACUUUCUCCGCCUGUUAAGGUAGUGGGUGACGUACAUGGCCAAUAUGGGGAUUUGAUUCGUAUUUUUACGAAAUGUGGAUUCCCCCCACAAACAAACUACCUUUUCCUUGGAGAUUAUGUCGAUAGAGGAAAACAAAGUUUAGAAACCAUUUUGUUAUUGUUAUGCUACAAGAUCAAGUACCCAGAGAAUUUCUUUUUGUUGCGAGGAAAUCAUGAAUGUGCCAGUGUGACCAGAGUAUAUGGGUUUUACGACGAGUGUAAACGGAGAUGCAAUAUCAAAACAUGGAAGAUGUUUAUGGACACGUUCAACACUCUACCGAUUGCAGCGAUUGUUGCUGGCAAGAUAUUCUGUGUCCAUGGCGGCUUGUCACCGGUUCUAAACUCAAUGGAUGAAAUAAGAAACAUUGCCCGUCCGACAGACGUGCCCGAUUUUGGAUUGCUUAACGAUCUCCUAUGGUCAGACCCUGCAGAUACAAUCAAUGAGUGGGAAGACAAUGAGAGAGGUGUCUCUUAUGUGUUUUCUAAAGUUGCUAUAAACAAGUUUUUGAGCAAGUUUGGGUUUGACUUGGUUUGUCGAGCCCAUAUGGUUGUUGAGGAUGGCUAUGAAUUUUUCAACGAUCGAACGUUGGUUACGGUGUUUUCUGCUCCCAAUUAUUGUGGAGAGUUUGACAAUUGGGGCGCAGUAAUGAGCGUCUCGGAGGAACUUUUGUGCUCUUUUGAAUUGACAGAAAACAUAGAUCCAUUAACCACUACGGUCAACCAACUAAGCUCAGAGAUAGAAAAUAACGAAAGAAUCCUUUCCGAAUUAUGUCUGAUCGUGGAUGAUGAUUUUAAACUCCCUGCAUCUGUUUCCCAGUUAGACGAGUCUGCAAAUGAAACAGCUGGUGGUGAUGGGUUGUUUUACCUCAUUGAACAGAAAUAUCAACUACCGCACUCAGAUGACGAAUCCAAAGAGGGCAGAUUGCAGAACUUACGUGAUCAAAUUAGCCACAUGAAAGAACUUUAUGCGUCUAAAGUCGCAGUGAACACGGAAUUACUCCAAUUAGUCAACGAUUACGAAGAUGAGAUUAUGCUUAAUAUCUUACCGGAAUUAAGAAAAAAGCUAGAGUGUUCUGAAGGUAAGGAGGCUGUUGAAAAGUUGGUGGAGCAAAAGUUUCAAAGAGAGUCAGAGUUGUUUCGAAAGUUCAUUGAGAAACUUAACUGA